AUGAUCUUCAUGCAGCAUGAACCUACUUUGAGCACUCUCUCAGUCAACUACGAGAGCGAGGCCAGCGAUGAGCGUCCGGUUUCACAGCCCGCACGAACCAAAAUACAAGCAAAUUUUCAAAUCGCCCGACCACCACCAAAAUCAUCGCUCCGGCUCUCCGCUAAAUUAUUACUACAAAUCCAACAACUCUCGCACAACCAUCGCCCUGUCCCCGUUCUAGAGAUAUGGCAACCACCUUUGCGUAAAUCGAAAUUGACCCGCGAGUUUCCUCAACGACCAAAGCUACGGGCGGGCGAUAUCUACGCGACUCUUGAUGAACCAUACACUUCCAGCGCACCAUCAGUACGGAAGGACUCUGCGAAAUCCGACUACCAGGAGAGUACGAACAGCAAUCUUCAAAGUAAAGAUAUCGUGUCUGCCAUCUGUCAAUCAUCCAGUGGCGAGGCCAAGGCCUCGACUAUACAUUUUCGCGACGCUCAGCGCAGCUGGCAUGCCAGCGUGGGCUUUGCAGGCCCGGAAAAAACACCAUGCUACCGGUUUACCAUCAACGAUGAAACCAGAGAAAAGAGCGACCCCGGUCAAAUGAUUAUGCAAUGGGAAAAGCGUGGCCUUGCGGGCAAGGACGAGAAUUCUUCGCAGCCGUUUCAUUCAGACCAAUUUGUUCUAGUUUUGAUCGAUCGCAGGGCACGGCGAAAGAGUCGUAUAGCAACCAUGACCCCUGGUGGGCUGGAAAUCAUGGUCCGGAAAACUUCUAUCAUGGAGCACCUGCAGAUGUGUUUGGACUUGACAGAUCCUUUAUCAACGGCAACGAGCGGCGAUCGGGAUGCUCACGUAAAUCUGGAAAUGUGGCUAUAUACGCACGUUCUUACAUUAGGAAUAUGGGUGGCCCAGCAAGAAGGGUGGCUCGGCUGA